CUUUGUUUUCAUUUCAUUCUUCCAUUGUUGCUUUGUUUGUAAAGGUCUAAUUUUAUUGCAGAGUGAAAGGGAUUUUAGCAACAAUAGUGCUAAUUGCUCGCAAUCAUGUCAGCUUGUGAUACUCAGAAGGCAGAGGCUUCAAAAGACAAUGUUUCUACUAAUUCUAUAGACGAAGGUUUGCCCCGUGAGUUAAGCCAGCUGAGUUUAUCAAGUGCGUCAAGUCAAGAUGAGUGUUUCUGUGAUAAGGGGCACUCAGAGACCACCCUAAAGAACAUAUUCGCGUAUUACCAGUCGCAGAAACUGUGCGAUGUAGCCUUGAUUGCUGGAGGAUGCAGAAUACCAGCGCACAAGGUAGUGCUCGCGUCAUGUAGCGAGUACUUCGCGGCGAUGUUCACGGGGGCGCUACGGGAGGCUCAGCUCACCGACAUUACACUCGAGAGGGUGGACUCACAGGCUCUACAGACACUGGUGCAUUAUUGCUACACUGGCACUAUAGAACUAAGAGAGGAGACUGUGGAAGUGCUACUGUCAACAGCCAGCCUGCUUCAGCUACAUUCUGUCACCAGCGCCUGCUGUGCAUUCCUCAAGAAACAGCUUGAUCCUUGUAACUGUCUGGGCAUAGCACUGUUUGCUGAACAGCAGUCUUGCAUGACUCUACACAAGAAUGCUUUGGAAUUUACAUACCAACACUUCAUGCAGGUGGUGAAACAUCAAGAGUUUCUUGCACUUCAAGCAGAUCAGUUGGCUAAUCUUCUUAAAUCUGAUGACCUGAAUGUUGUCACAGAGGAAAAUGUGUUUGAGAGCCUCAUGACUUGGGUGCAACAUGACAGUGCAAACAGAGAACAGCACUUGCCUACUCUGCUCAAACUCAUCAAGUUACCCUUGUUGUCUUCUGAGUAUUUGAUCGACAAAGUGGAGCUUGCGUGUGGUAAUGUCCUGGAAUGCCAACCACUGAUCAUGGAGGCAGUAAAGUGGCAUCUGUUGCCUGAACGACGUUCGCUUCUCUUCUCGCACCGAACUCGCCCGAGGACUUCCACUAUUGGACGGCUAUUAGCUAUAGGGGGAAUGGAUGGAUAUAAGGGUGCUAGCAACAUGGAGAUGUACGACCCGCGUACGAAUACGUGGACGCCGUUUAUGCGCAUGGGCGCGCGCCGGCUUCAGUUCGGCGUCGCUGUCAUGCAGAACAAACUAAUAGUCGUGGGCGGCAGAGAUGGCCUUAAAACUUUGAAUACAGUGGAAUGUUUUGACCUGACGUCACUGAGCUGGAGUACUCUCGCCCCAAUGAACACGCACCGACACGGGCUGGGUGUGGCCGUGUUAGGUGACGGACCUAACUCACCCGUCUACGCCGUGGGCGGACAUGAUGGAUGGAUAUACCUCAACUCUGUCGAAAGGUGGGACUCGUGCUCGCGCACGUGGACCAUGGUGUCGCCGAUGGCGGGCGCGCGCAGCACGUGCGGCGUGGCCGCGCUGCGCGGGCGGCUGUACGCCGUGGGCGGGCGCGACGGCGGCGCGUGCCUGCGCUCCGUCGAGUGCUACGACCCCAACACCAACCACUGGACCAACACGGCGCCCAUGACGCGCCGCCGGGGCGGCGUCAGCGUAUGCGCGGCGGGGGGCUACCUGUACGCGCUAGGCGGGCACGAGGCGCCGGCGAACACGGUGGGGGGCCGGCUGGCCUGCGUGGAGCGCUACGACCCCACCACCGACACCUGGCUGCUGUUGGCGCGGCUGUCCUACGGCCGCGACGCCAUCGGCUCGUGUCUACUAGGCGAUAGAAUCGUCGCUGUCGGUGGGUACGACGGAGUGCAAUAUCUGUGCGUAGUGGAGGUGUACGACUCGGAGUCGAAUUGUUGGCGCAAGUUGGCGCCGCUGAGUACCGGCCGCGCCGGCGCCGCCGUGGUCGCCGUGCCGCCGCCGAGGAACCUCUUCUGAUACCGCAGCCAUCAGUUGUAUACCUACGUAGUUGUGUCAGUUGUUAAGAACUAUGACAGCUGUACUAUGGAGUAAGUCACAGAGUUCUUAUUACAGAGAGAUGCCGCGGGAACAGCCGGUGGGACCGAAAUAUGCACAAAACGAUCAUGUUAUAUGAGGCAACGAUUGUAUUAUAAAUCUUGCCGCAUCAUUCAUUGCUUCUUUGGUUUCGCGCCACCACAACUAGCGCUUGAGUUACUACGCAAUAAACGGCGGGUAAAUCGAUGUAGCGGUUUAGCCAGAAAUGAUAUAACGACUUACAGACAUGUGUAACAUAGUGCUGAGGGCAUAUAUCCUUUGUUUAUAUGAUCUGUGGAGUAACUAAUACACUACGUAAAACAGAGGCUCCCUCGCCAUACUAGAAAAAUUGCCGCUAAAACGUGCGGAAAUGGAGAGUCGUUGAUGAGUAUUUAUACUAAUUGUCAGCGUUCACAAUGGUCGGUCGAUGCAAACGUAGGCAUGAGGUAACUUCGACUCAACAGUGCUGCUCAUAUCAUUUUUCUCGGUUUUAUUGAAUUUAAUUGAAAAAAUAAUUAUGCAUUCGUUUUAUUUACUGUAGAAGUAUAUUUCCCUCUUAUAUAGGGUGUAAUUGACCCUGAGUUAUACCCCUCGGUAUUCGGUACGUUGCCAAUUACACCCUGUACGAAGCCUUAAAGGCUCUCAUAAAGUAAGUAAAGUGAGCAAACUAUUUUAAACUAUAUCUAUAGAAUAGUCGAUAUCAGUGAUGUAUAAGUAGAUAUUUUUCCAAAUUCUGAUUCACUGUUAAAAGAGUUGAUCUCAAUACUGAAGCUAUAAAGUAUGUACCUAUGUAAUGUAGUAUUUUUUUUUAGUUUUAUAUACUUAGUUUAGUGAGACUGGUACUAUAUAUACCUGAAUGUCAUAUUAUAUUCUGUGUUUUAGACUACUUUUGUAAUCUCAUUUAAGGCUGGAUAAUCUCCACGUGAAUUGUGGAAAAUUUCGUAUUUUAAAAUGUAAAUCUAAAUUAAUGUAUUAGUUAAAAAAUACGCUGAUGCCAGCGUCUAUGUAGUUAUCGAUGUAGGCAAGUUCUACAGUAAAUAAACAAUUCUUUUUGAAAUAUAAUUAUAACGAUAUAAACGAUUAUUGACAUUAAAUUAAAAUGUUGGGUUCUUUGGUAUGUGUCCUUUGUAACCAAACAAUCGACCUUGUAUCGUAGGUAAUGUUUGUCAGAUAAUUCCUAUUUUUAUAAGAUUAUAUGUUAAUAGGUGUGUGUAAGGACUAGUAGGACGCUAGUUAGUAGUUGAUUGUUGAAAUUCUACAAAAUCGCAAUAUUGUAAUUUGAAAAAUAUAACGAUUGGUUGUAUACUGAGUGAUAAAAACUAUCAGUAGAUUAGUUCAAUAUUCGAGGUGUGGAGUUCAUUCCAAUAAAAUGUACCACAAAUAUAUACGAAAAUCAAACUACUUAAAACUCAAAGUUAUUUCUGGAUCAACACAGAAUUAAGCAGGCUUCAAAAUUAAUAAUUAAUAGUCAUUGUGAAAGAUUACCGGCGAAUGCUAAUUUGAAGCUCCCAAAGCUGUUUCGAAGGUAAAUUUUAUUGAAAUGAACUGUGGAUUUGAACAUUCGCUCACGAACAGUAUUAUUUUUAUUUUGUACGAAAUGUUUAAUUUGUAUCUUCAUUUAUUCGAUGGUUUGUAUUAGGUAUUUUCCUGAACCUGUGAUGUUAGUGCUAGGAUACCGCUAGGCUCUGUUCCAGGGUGUACAGUUAAGGCGAAGAUUCUUUAUCGUGAUAUUUAUGUGGCUUUAUUUCUUAAAAGGGCAUUUUUGUUUAUUUCCUUCGGCUAUAAAGAUCGUACAAAUUAAAAUUUUACGACGCGCGUCAUAAGUAAGGUUGGAAUUACGGUAACCUAUUUCUAUUAAUUCAAAACUUGGAGAGAGAUGAAUAGACUACUUGGAAAUACGUUUAUUGAUAUGUAAGUUUCCGGCAAUAAUACGAAAUACGUAUUGACCUAAAUCGUGCGGUUGAUGUAUUGUUCAACUUCGAGCAUUGCAUCAAUGGCUUCUGAGUUAAGCAUUGGAAUGAAACAAUAAUUGUAAUGCUGUAAUGGAAUGUUCACAUGCAAAUUUCAUAAUGCUACUAUUUUUAGAUUAUGGUCGAUUCACAUUAAGCGGCAAGAAGCGAAGACAUGGAAGACGAUACGAUGGAGACUACACAAUGCUCAUAACAAGUCUUAUUGUUUAUCGAAAUUGAAUAGGUUUGCGAUUCAUCACAAUCUCACCUCACGGUAAAUCUAUUGUGAAUUGUCCCUCAUUGCAAAUUUCAAAUGCAAAACGUGAAAUGAUUGCGCAUUGUGUGGUAUCAGGACAAGGUGAAAUUUUGCUCGAGUGUUCCUGCGAUCAUUCGCUUCACUUCCUUGCUAACGUUUUCCACCAUUAUAUUUUGCCGCGUCGUAAUAUCUCGCCCUGCCUUUCUGGGUCAAUUAAUUAAAAUAUUUCUAUACCUAUUUCUAUAUUUAUUUUGUACUCUAUAGUUUAUGUGGUAUUUAACUUGUGUUAUGUACCGUAGAGUAUUUAGCUGACGUUCCUUAUAGACUCAUUUACGCUUUAUUUAGAUUAUGUGUUUUAAUUAAGUUCAAGAGACUUUAUAUCUACAAUUUCUUGUGUAAUUGGUAAUGUAGCUUUUAUUUGAAUUAUGAUUGGUGCCGAUACCAGCAGAGACUUUCUAAUUUUGUUUUGAGUUCUACCUGACAUUUUCUUAUCCGCUGAAAUGGAAAUGGACGGGUAAUAGACAAGCUAAAAAUUUAUAGAACACACGACAUUUAGGCAGAAAUCUUUGAAAGUUUUAAUGUUGGUGCAUUUAUCCCCAUAUAAUUUGGCAGCACACGCCAAACGAGUUUUAUACUAGCGAGACGCCUAUUUGAUUCGUCUGGGUAAUUGUUUCAUUCCUUUAUUCAUCUUUCUUUUUGGUGGUUAAGAUUAGGAGGUGUCUGCUGGAAUUUAUUAGGUGUGCUAUGAAGGUGUGAGGAAUGAAUAGUAUUUACGCAGUUCUUUCCCUGUGUUCCAAUGUUUAGCCCUGAACAAAGCUAUUAACAUUAUUUAUCUUCUGUAGCUCGCUGGUACCUGUUCGCAUUUUAUUGUUUAUUUUAUGUACUGCUAUUUUCCUUAAUCUCGCCUCAAGCACAAAAGCUCGCCCCAGUAAAAUAACGUUAUGAUUACAGAUUAAUCGAUUUUAUAGGUCAGAUAGUGUUUACUCGUGUGGCCAAUAUUGUUUGUAACUAUGUAACUGAAUGCAAAAAUAUUGAUAGCACUGUAUAUUUUUAAUAAAUAAUUAUAAU